AAAAUAGCACGAAUAUUGGCUUGUAGUUAAAAAACUCGAAUUUGUUAGCGCUGUCUGCCUGUCUCCGUCUCCCCACAAAAUUUCCCCCGCUGGGCGGCGGGCGCAGUUCGAUCUGAAACCUCAUCAAUGCAUCACUUGCCAUCUCCUCCAAUCUAGGGUUUUGAAUUGAACCCUGAUGGUGACGACGACAUUGGCGGUGGCGUCGACGGCGACCGCCGCCGGAGUGGCCAUGCUGCUCUGUAUCGUGCUGAACCGGCCUUGCAUGGUGAAGCGGGAGGAAGAUGGGGAUGAGAAGGGGAUCUCUUCUGCUGGUAGCCGCAGCAGAGAACAGAGGUCGAGAGAGGCGGAGAUGGAAAGGAGAUUGUCUUGGCGACCGGCGGAGCCACCUUCGACUUGGCAGGAGGCUGUGGCGACAGUAGCGGAGACGAUCCGGUUCACUUACUCGGAAACCCUUGGGAGGUGGCCGAUUGGAGAUUUAGCUUUUGGCAUCAGGAUUCAUAUGAGAAAGCAGGGCUUACAAGUAGCAAGUGUAUUUGGCGGAAGCAAUUAUAUCAAAUUAGAAGGACCAGAACUUAUGGACGAGUUGAUCUAUCUGUCAAGGUUGUUGGAUCUUUGCAUAGUCUUUUCAAAGAAACCUUUCUCAGUCUUUUUAAAAUGCUCUAACUAUUGUCCGGAGGAUAUUCUCUUUCGAAAGCAUAAAGCGGGGCUACUAAAGCCUGCUUUUACCAUUUUACGUGAUAAAAGUUCAAAAUGCAUUCUCCUUAUUGUUCGGGGGUUGCAUAGUAUCAAGGAUACAUUGACUGCUGCAAUUGGUUUGGUGGUUCCUUUUCACCAUUCAAUUUUGGACGAAUUUGGCAUUACUAAAGUGGUAUCGGGAUAUGCACAUUAUGGGAUGGUUUCUGCUGCCCAUUGGAUUGCAAAAUGUGCAACUCCUUAUAUCCUUAAAGCAGUUGAACAAUAUCCUGCCUACAAAUUCAAGAUUGUGGGCAAUUCUUUAGGCGCUGGCAUUGCUGCAAUAUUAACCUACAUUCUUCAUGAACACAAAGAUUUUGCUUCGGCCACCUGUAUUGCAUUUGCUCCAGCUGCAUGCAUGACAUGGGACCUUGCGGAAUCUGGACAGAACUUCAUCACCACUAUCAUUAAUGGUUCUGAUAUGGUGCCAACGUUUUCACUUGUUUCCGCUGACAACCUCCGACUUGAGGUGGCAGCUUCCUCUUGGCUAAAUGACCUACGUGAUCAAAUGCAUCAACCAUUUACUUCAUGUGCUCAAACAAUAUCCAGUAAAAGCCAGAACCUUCUCAGAAAUGCACAGCAAGCUGUCCUGACAUUUGCUAGGUGCAUGGAUUGUCUAGGCAUUCUCUCUUGCCAUGAAGAGAAGAUUGACCACCAAGGUAGAAACUUGCCAAUAAAGGAUAUGGAUUCCUCAGUGAUCAAACAAAAUCUUGAUGAAAUUUUUGCUGAACAAAUUGAUCACACUGGUUCCUGUAGUAAUCAGUACUACUGCAAUGGAACCGAGGAAGAUGCUUCGAUGCAGCCGGACAAAAUUUUUGUUGCUGCUACUGAAGAAGAAAUGAUUGAAAGAGAAUUAUGGCUUGAGCUUGGAAAGGAGCUUCAGAGGCAACAAGAAGCUUCUGGUGCUUCAGCUUCAGAAGAUAGAAUAGACGAAGAAAAAUCUGUUUAUGGAAAUAUCGGGAGCAAACAGCCAGUUUCAGCAGAGGAGAUCCACUUCUUUCCUCCUGGUAGAAUUAGGCAUUUAGUAGCAGAACAAGUAUUGGAUGCGAAUUCUGGUAAGAUUGUUGUUGAUGAAUCGAAUAUUAGCAUGUACGAAACUCCAAGACAUUUAUAUGGUAAAAUUCGCUUAUCACCAAAUAUGAUUAAGGACCAUUAUAUGCCUGUAUAUAAGAAGAUGAUUGAGCUGAUGAUUGAGAACCUCAAAAAGAAGGAAAGCACCUGAGAAGAUGUAAAAAAAUUGUAAAUUUAUGUCAUUCUUUUGUAAAUUAAGGUUUAUUUGAGAUAAUUUUUUUAUUGUUUUAA